UCGAUCAAGAAGAAGAAGAAGUAUAUGAAGUCACAUACAUACAUGCAGUGCCCCCAGCAAGAGCUAGCAGAACAAAUUUAAAGCCUUCUUUAACUCUCUUUUACCAAACUCCAUUCUUCUUCUUAACAUUAAAUCCCCUUUUCACUUUCACUACUUUAAUUUCCGAUCCACUUCCAUCAGUUUUCAUACCUAAGCUACAUAACAUACUAUCCCCUCCUGCAUUCAUAUUUACAUCCAUCAUUUACUCACUUGUGUGUGCGCGUGCGCGUGCGUGUGCGUGUCUCUCUUCUAGUUACUAGGCUACUAGCUUCAUCAUCAAGUAUUUUCCAAUAUGAUGAACAGUUUUGACCCCUCCUUGAAACGGAGAUGGCAAGAAAGUAGUGGUAGAAGACAGAUCGUGAUCGGUGCUGCACCUUCCAAUAAUAGUACUAAUCCUUCUUCUUCUUUGCCUUUCUAUGGUAAUAAGAAUGGCAAAUUGCAAGGCUUCCCUGGCCUCGAAGACGACGAUCUAGUUUCCACAGUAGUGCCUGCAGUCACGGUGGUUCUCGAAGGCCGUUCGAUCUGCCACCGCAUCAGCCUCCAUAACCACGGCAGCUACCAGAGCCUAGCAAAGGCACUUCGGCAGAUGUUUGUGGACGGUGCAGAUUCAUCAGGAACAGGAGCAAACUCUGACUAUGAUGAUGAUAAUAAUAAUAAUAAUAAUAAUCUUGAUCUGUCAAACGCCAUUCCCGGUCACCUUAUUGCUUAUGAAGAUAUCGAGAACGAUCUUCUUCUUGCCGGUGACCUUUCUUGGAAGGAUUUUGUACGUGUGGCGAAGAGAAUCCGGAUUGUUCCAGCGAAGGGAAACUCAAGGUCAAGGAAAGGUACAAGUACAAGAGAGGAAUGAGUAGCUUCUUCAUCAGUUGGUUGUUGUUGCUUAUUAAUUUGGUAAUGAUUUGAAUAUGUUGUGUGCAUGUAGAAGUAAAGAUAGUAGAGAAACUAGUACUCAAAUAAAUUGGACGGUGGAGGCUAGAAAGAAAAUAUGUGUGUUGAUGAUGCAUAGGGGAAUGAGUCCAUACAUACAAAAAUUCUGGUUCAGUAGUGUGUGCUGGCUAUAUAUAUUUGUAUGAAUA